AUUAUUUCUAGCAAACUAUUUAGUUUGAAGCAAACGAAACAUUAUCUACUCGAUUAGUUACUAAAGAAAUCUUACACGGAUCAUAUCGCAAAGUAAAUGAGUGGAAAAUGUCCAGUGCGGAAUUCUGUGGUUACCGCUCCCCACUGAGCACCCGAUAUGCCAGUAGCGAAAUGCAAUAUUUGUUUAGCGAACAAAACAAAUUUUCCACAUGGAGAAAAUUAUGGGUAAUUCUGGCAAAGGCACAAAAAGAAUUAGGACUCGAAAUCUGCGAUGCUCAGCUUACCGAAAUGGAGGCCCAUAUAGAAGACAUCGAUUUCAUGGCAGCAGCUGAGGAGGAAAAGCUCACUCGGCACGAUGUGAUGGCCCACGUGCAUGUGUUUGCCAAGCAAUGUCCGAUGGCUGCCCCCAUUAUUCACCUCGGAGCUACUUCCUGUUACGUUGGUGACAACACCGAUUUGUUAAUUUUGAAAUCUGGCUUGCAGCUUCUACUGCCAAGAAUUGUAGGGGUGAUCAAAAAAUUGUCAGAAUUUGCAGUCGAGUAUCGAGAACUUCCUACGUUAGGCUUUACUCAUCUUCAACCGGCUCAAUUGACAACAGUUGGGAAGCGCUGCACUCUUUGGAUUCAGGAUCUUUUAAUGGACGAGCACGCCUUGAGAAAUUGCUUGGAAAAUCUACGCUUCCGUGGUGUUAAAGGGACGACUGGAACUCAAGCAUCAUUCUUGCAGCUGUUUGCUGGAGAUGGAGAAAAAGUUAAACUCUUGGAUAAGAAAGUCACUAACUUGGCUGGAUUCGAACGAUAUUAUGCAGUCACUGGGCAGACUUACUCAAGAAAAGUGGAUCUGGAAAUUGUAUCAGCUCUGUCAAACCUUGGAGCUACGAUUCAUAAAAUGUGUUCGGACUUACGUUUGCUGGCAUCUCGGAAAGAAAUUGAAGAACCAUUUGAGCAAACUCAAAUCGGUAGCUCAGCUAUGGCUUACAAACGCAACCCGAUGCGAUCAGAGCGAUGCUGCGCCAUUUCCAGACAUUUGAUUACUUUACACGCCAAUGCUGCCAAUACACUAGCCGUACAGUGGCUCGAACGUACGCUGGAUGACUCGGCUAAUCGUCGUUUAACGCUGUCUGAAGCGUUCCUAUCAGCAGAUGCUUGUCUGCUGACCUUGCUAAAUAUCUCGCAAGGCUUGGUAGUGUAUCCCAAGGUAAUCGAACGCAAUAUUGCCCAUGAAUUACCGUUCAUGUCGACUGAGAAUAUAAUUAUGGCUAUGGUGAAGGCAGGUGGAGACCGACAGGUGUGCCACGAAAAGAUUCGCGUUCUGUCUCAUGAAGCCGGAGCACAGGUUAAGCAACAUGGCAAGGAUAACGACCUGGUGGAACGUAUCAAAGCCGAUACCUAUUUUACGCCUAUUUUGAGUGCUUUGGACACAAUUUUAGAUCCCAAAACAUUUACCGGUCGUGCUGCUGAUCAAGUGAUUGAGUUCGUCCGGGAAGAAGUGGAUCCGGUGCUGCAAAAAUAUGGCAACAACAUCGAGUCCAAAACGGUGGGGUUAACUAUUUAGGAGCUAAAUUUUAGAUCGCUCGAUUUAGUUUCUGUAUUUGAUAUGUUGAAUGUUAAAUAUAAAAUAUGUACAGAGUUAAAUAGAAGUUUUAAACUAUAGUAAAUGUUUGCAUUUCUCUGAUACCCUUUUAUUUC